AUGUCUUUUGCUAAUUUCGAUAUCGAAGCUCAAAGAGCAACUUCUGAAGGAAAUAGUGGGAAGAAUAUAGAGAGACAACAAACCCAAUCUCAAAAUGAAUUAGAUACAAUUAUCUAUAAAGCUUCCGACCAGCUUCAAUUGUUCAAUAAUCUAAUAUCUCAGUUUGACGCCAAAAAGAAAUUGAUUGGCUCUAAGAGGGAUAAAAUUCAACUCAGAGAUAAUGCAAGUGCUUUAAUAUCAAAGAUAUCCGAUAUGGAUUCAGCCAUUCAAAUAUUGGUCGAGAAUUUGUCACAUUUAAUUAACAAAAAGCUGGGAGAUAAGAGACAAAUCGUGAAUGAUGACGAUGACGAUUCAGCCCCUAAACUAGAGAUCACACAAAAGCAAAUGGUUAUCAAGGAGAGGCUAGUUAGCGAAUUCAAUGAGUUACAUAAACAAUUCCAGAGGUCAGCAAGGCAAUAUGCUGAAAAAGCAAGAGCUUAUCCAGUGAAGGAUGAUAUACAGAGGCAAGAAACGUCAGACGAGCGAACACCCUUAAUGGAUAAUGAACAUGGGAAAAAUGAGCAGCAGGUCGCCGUACAGGAGCAAACGCAGGAGCAAAUAGAUGAGACUGAGUUACAAUAUCACCUUAUGUUGACACAGGAAAGAAAUGAAAAUAUCAACCAAAUAAAUGAAGGAAUAUUAGAAAUAAAUUCAAUUUUUAAAGACUUGGGGGAAUUGGUGAACCAACAGGGAGAGCAAUUAGACACAGUAGAGGAUAACAUAUUACAGCUAUCUGGUAACACCCAGCAAGCAGAAAGAGAAUUAAUGAAAGCGCAUGAAUACCAAAAGAAAAAGAGUAAAUGGAGCUGUAUAUUACUUUUUGCUCUAUGUAUAUUUGUCCUAGUAAUAGUUUUAGCUGUUCUUAGCUGA